UCACGCGAUCCAUCUUCUCCGGCAGACACAUAGGAGCAACAUUUUAGCGAUUUUCAAUAGACACAACUCCGGCCGACGGUGAAGACAACAGCGGUGGUACUUGUGGUGGGGAAAGGUGUGGUCGGAGUAGGAACCGGAGAUGGUGGUACUGGUGGUGGCGACGGCGUCGGACCCGGCGUCCAUCGGCCCAGCCGCUGCCUUCCUCGCCAUGCCCGGGUGGUCCCCCGGCCCGCCUAUCCCCGUAAGCGACCUGGGGGGGAUGGAUAGCUUCAUAAAUGGGGAUGUUCGGCUAUUAAAGCAUGAACGCAGCAUCAUUGCAGAGGAUGAUCUUGACCUCCGGUGGCAGGCAGCCACUGGAGAGGAUGUCUCUGAGGUCAUAUUCCUCAGCAAGCACACUGCUGCCUCCAACCGUCCUGCUCUUACUGUCCAUCCAAUCGGUGUUCCACAUCUAAGGGAAGAUGAGACGCUGCCUCAAGGAGGGAGGCCAGGAUGGGUAGCUCUUCCAAAUCCUCGAAUUGGCCCAUGGCUCCGUUUGAUGCAAAAGAUUGCUGUAGACCAAGGUCUUGUUCCAGAGUUUGAGAUUACACUGGAAGCUACUCAUCAUGGACCAGUCACCAAUACACCCACGAUGUUUGUUGAGAUAGGAAGUACUGAAGAAUAUUGGGGUCGUCAAGAUGCUGCUCAGGCAAUUGCUCUACUUCUUUGGAAAGGUCUUCUUGAGGAAGGAAAAACUGUUGGAACCUGGCAGGGUAAUGGUGAAAAAGUACUACUUGGCAUAGGAGGUGGCCACUAUGCUCCUCGUCAUAUGGAUAUUGUCAUCAAAGAUGGUGUAUGGGUGGGUCAUCUGCUCUCUGGUUAUUCAUUGCCAAUGGAAGUGCUACCUGAAGGAACUGGGAAGAGUUUUAGUGAGGUUGGUGGGAUGUGGAAGCAUUCCAUCAAAGUUUCAUAUGAUGCCACAAAGGCAGCAUUUCCUGGCGGUGAAGUUAUAGCACAUCUUGAUCAAAAGAGCUUUAAGGGCUGGCAAAAGACUGCUAUUAUGAGCUACUUGCAGAAGCUGAACAUUAGGAUAGAUGGAUUUCAUUACAUCAUUUAAGUUGCAAAUUUAAAGUGGUAUUAUCAAGCACAUAACUAAGGUUUUAUGGUUUAAAGUUUUCACAACUCCUUUCAUGAUUGGUGAAGUCGGGCUAUUAAUUUGGUACGAGGGACUAUCUAGAAAGGCUUAAAUACUUUGGUCAUCCUUGAUGAUUGGACUGUUUGGAAGCAUCAAAAUGGAUAUGUAUUCAACGGGGCAAGCCUUUGGAGUUUUAGUCGAUGCUAAGGGGCUUUUGCUGAUUAUGGAUCAUGGUUAAGUAGGUUUCUGUUCCAGGGUGUUGGGAGAGCCUUGCUGGGGCUCUUUGUUCUUUCUAGUUUGGAUUUAUUUCUCUCUUUGUGUUUGUUUUUUUUUUUCGUUUCUUUGCCAUUAUUAUUUUUCUCUCAUAUUACCAUUAUUAUUUUUACCCAUCGGAUGAUUUCAUGUCUCGAUUUUUUCGCAUGAAGUCAUGCCACCUAAAUUAUUUUGAGCCAUUGGGUGAAU